CUACCGCUACCAGGAGCGGCCAGUCCGUCGGCAACAGUCGCCGCGGCGUGUCGUGUGGUGGUUUGGUGCCUUCUGCUUUUUUGGGUGCUCGGUAUCGUCGGCGUGCGUCAUCGAGCAGCUUCGGCGGCGUCCCGUUGGCUCUCUUCCUGGUGUCCCACCGCGGCGUGACCGUUGAGGCCGCGUUCCGUACGUCCGUCCUGCCUGGUGACCGGCCGUCCGUUCGUUCGUGCCAGCGGAGCGAGCUGUUUGUUUUCGCACGGCACGCGCGGUGCCGUUCGGCCCCAGCGGGACAUCUUGUCGCUUGUCUUGUCGUCAACUCGUCGCCCCUCGGCCGGAAGAAGAAGAAGCCCCGCUGCCCUGGUUCUAUCCUGAUUGGGACGAGGCGGAAAGGCUAGACGGAGAUAAAUUAGCGGCCGCGUUGCCGGUGCUGUCUUCGAGAUCGCGGUCUUGCGGUGACCUCCGUCGAUAAGGCUCGGCCGUAUCGUGUCUGCGUCGGCCUGGAAUGAGGCGAAGGUGAUAAGAGGAAGUAUACAGUGAUUAAGGAAGAAGACGGACGGGUUUCUUUUUUCUUUCUAUCUGUGGAGAACCUCUUCGUCUCUUUGAGUGCCGGUGUAACGAGGAAGACGGCCGUUCUGCGACUGGAAGCAAGAGGCAAGGCCAACGCGCCGCAGUUUUACUUCUCGCCUGAAAAAUGUGUGCCACCAGUGCAAAGUUCGCAGGAGAGGACGCGGCCGCCCGGUUACGGCUGUUCAGCGUCGGACUCGUCGCAGUCGCCUUUCUCUUCUGCUCUGCGGCGGCUGCACCCGAUCACGAAACGCCGGGCGGCAGCUGUCCCAACGGCCGACUGACGUUCGAGCUGGUCACUGGCUACGUGUACAGCGCGCCGUCUGACACGAUCGAGCUGAAGCCCGGCACGCUGCAGCUGACCGACUGCUUGGAGCACUGCCGCCGCAACGCGUCGUGCCAGUCGGUGAACUUCGAGACCGGCCUGUGCGUCCUCUUCACCUCGAGCGCCACCGAGCGGCCGGCGUCGCUGGCGGUCUCGCAGUUUCCCGUGUUCACACUCUACGCGCAAAAGAUAUGCCUCUUCGGGAAACGUCGCUGCAGUCGGGACUGGGCCUUCGAGCGCGUCACGGGCUACGCGCUGCGAGACUUGGCGAGAAAGCGCCUGCACGCGGUGGCCCGCGAGGAGUGCAUGGACAUGUGCCUGGACGAGACCGAGUUCCAGUGCCGCUCGGCCAACUUCGACCCGUCGACUGGCGAAUGCGCCAUCAGCGACAUGGACCGGCAUUCGGUGGUCGGGGACCGCUACUUCGUGCCCUCGGGCGAGACCAACGAGUACCUGGAGAGCAACUGCGUCGACGAGUCUGUGCGGUUGUGCGAGUUCCGGACCGUGAGCGGCAAGAUCCUGAAGACGGUGGACGCCGUGUUCCAGAACGUGACCACCCUGGAGGAGUGCCGGCGGCUGUGCCUCAGCGUGCCCUACCGGUGCCACUCGUUCGACCUGGGCGACCCGGAGAACAGCGUGUGCCGCAUCAGUCACCACGCGAGGGCGUCGCUGUCGCACAUCGAGAACCCCUACCUCGAGAUACCCGGCGCCGCCACCAACGAGCUCGCCGCCUGCUACAACGUGACCAUUCAGUGCAAGGCGCGCGAGAUGGUCGCCAUGGUGAAGACGAGCAAGAUCUUCAACGGCAAGGUCUACGCCAAGGCGCGGCCCAACUCGUGCGUCACCGACGUGGUCAACAGCCUCGACUUCCAGAUACGCAUGGCCUACCACGAGCUCGACUGCGAUGUCAAGCAGGAGGUCAGUCAGAGCCUAGGCCAGUUCUCGACCGACAUCGUGAUUCAGCACCACGACAUGAUUGUGACCAACCAGGACCUCGGCCUGUCCGUGCACUGUCAGUACGACCUCGCCAACCGGAGCGUCUCCAACGGGGUGCAACUGGAGGUCGACGGGCGCGAAGUGGAGACCUCGCAAAGCCAGUUGGCCACGGUGAGCUCGCCGAACGUGACCAUGCGCAUCACGGACCGCCAAGGAGACGACGUGUUCACGGCUCAAGUGGGAGACUCGCUGGCGCUUCGAUUCGAGAUCGUCGACAGCAACAGCCCAUACGAGAUCUUCGUGCGCGAACUGGUCGCCAUGGAUGGUGUGGAUAGCAGUGAGAUAUUACUGGUCGACAGCCACGGAUGUCCCACCGACCGCACCAUUAUGGGUCCGCUGCACAAGGUCAACGACGACGGCAAGGUCCUGCACGCGCCCUUCGACGCCUUCAAGUUCCCAACCUCCGAGAUUGUCCAGUUCAAGGCGCUGGUGACACCCUGCCUACCUACCUGCGAAGCGGCCCGGUGUUCGGAGAAGAGCCAGACUCCCUACGGUCGCGAAGUGGACUCCUUCGGCCGCCGGCGGCGCCGUUGGACCGAGCAGGGCGCCCCGGGCGAGAACGGGGUGUGGCGUCGGCCUCGCCGAUCGUCAUCGCCGGCCGCCGGCGACGACGAAGACGACGAACUGGUCGUCGUGCAGACGAUCCACAUCACCGACAAGUUCGGCUUCGCCAGGUCGCAGCAGAAGGACGGCGAGAACGGAGCGGACGGUUCCUCGAAGGACACCAUGAUGUUGCCCACGGACGGUUCAAGCUGCAUCAACGUGGUCGGUCUCAUAGUGGCCUGCUCCAUGUUCCUGAUGGCCCAGGUGGUCCUUCUGCUCGUCUGGGGCUGCGUCUGGCAACGCAGGCGCCGCAACAAGCUCGACGAGUACAACACGCCCAGCAUCGACAUCCUCUACUCGUCUUCCAGAGAAAGCAGCGUGCGGUAUGCGAGGGACGGCUCUACCAGCCGUCAAGCAGCUGGCAGCGCGGCGUUCAACUCGAUUUUCAACGGGCCUUGCCGGCACCUGCAGUCCAGGCGCUGAAAGAUGUGCAAGAUCUCUCGCGCCAGCAUCUACGUAUUAAACACACGUACACCAUGCGUGCAUGGCGCAAGCAAGAAAGGUCCCCCAACUUCGCGCCAACGACUAGCUCGACACUGCCAAUACGUAUACCUACGAGAACAAGAAAUUCUCAGAAACGUGUGUGCUGCUCUACACGGCACGUCUUCAAGACGUCGUGACGAAGACCACGCAGCGACCACUCGCACUUGCAGCACGACCGGCCGUCGGCAUCUCCGAAGCCAGUGAAAAAAAAAGACAGUGCAACUGGUGUUUGGUGCAUUGCCUACGACGCCUAUGUUGCUGCCAACGCUGCUUCGAAACUUUGUUUUUGUGCUUUUGUGUAAAUGUGUGGCAUCUUUCUUUCGGUCCCCCUUGUGCGUCGUGGUGCGCGCACCAAAGAACAAUCGCUUGGCCGGAGGUCGCAAGAUAUGACACGCCAGUUCGUUGACUCCAGCGUGCUGGACGUUUGUUACGUGUGCAUCGAAUGUGAACUCUCUCUCAACCCUCUGUGAAGUGAACAUUGUAGUGGUCUCGUGUGCCUCGAACUGCUCUUGAAGGAGGGGACUGGUUCCCUAUAGCGUAUAUUUCGGUAUCUGGAAACAUGGGAAUGACUGCGAAAGCUUUAGUCUCGCAGGAAUUGACUCAUUCCUGCAGUGUGUAAGACUGUCUAGUAUUAGGUGCUGGUCUCUUACUAGUUUAGUCCGCGUAGAACGCGAGGCUGACACAAAACUUCAAAGAUGCCUCUCUUGAAUCUAGAUAUGGUUUCGGUUUCGGCUGUUGCUAGUGGUUGAGCAUAAAAGAACGAAAUUAGUGCCGGAAUCGUAGUUUAAUGUCAUAUGGCAUUCGCAGAAUGUUCGAACCUAUCCUGGUUUUAGCGUCUGUGUUCUUUUUAUCGUGAGCUUCUUCUGGAUAUCGUUUGCGCUAAUAUUAUAUAUGUUAUCUAACUGUUGAGCAACAGCUCUUAACCAACCAUACUUAUCUUGCGUUAGAAGAGUUGUCUAGUUCGAAAAACUUGACAAGGGCUUCCAUCUGUGCUUUAAUGACCGGUAUUUCUAUUUCGCCAUUCCUAUACAGGGGACUGCACUACAAGAUAUUUUUACGCACUACGUUCACCAAACCCACAAGGCAGCUAGCUCCUCGCAUCGUUUAUGUUUUUUUUUAUCAGUUCAGUGUCCAUAUACCGUUUAACCAUAAUCAGUGUCACAUAAAUUACUGUGACGUGACUCACAGGUGGGAAUAUGGCGAGCUGUAGUCGUGUUACCUUACUCUCUUCCACUUGGCAAACUCACGUUGCUACUCAGUGCGUUGCAUGGCGCGCACUCAUCUGCCAAGGUAUUUCAGAUGCACAUGGCUUUUUACCGUAACAAAAAUCAGUGCAGGAGUCAGCCAAAUGUUUCAGCUGAGAGCCUUUAUUGUGCGUCCCGCUUAACACUAAUUUCAAAACUCGCGUUUAAUUGCGUAAAGUGAUUUAACCCACGGGAGCCCAAUUAACUUAACAAUCACAGGAGCACAGCGAGCCUUGCUGCCAAACCACAAAGACUCACUCAAUGUGGACGCUUGUGUGCCCCCCUCUCAGUCGGGUCAGAAUGACGUGCCUUAGACAACGGACGUGCCUGAGUGUUUCGUGACACGUCGUCAUCAACGAAGGCCGACGCUCCCUCAGCAAACCACGCUUCGCCAAAGGAGUGAACCCGUGAAGGGUCGGCGUCGUCCCAACGUUAAAUGUAUAGAUUAUUUAUAGAUGACGUCAUGUCGCGCGAAAAGCUCAGGCGUGGAAGUUUUCUAACCUCCACAAUUCUCGAACGACCCUCGACUCGAUGCUCGUCCCUCCAUUCCACUGAGGGAAGCACAGCUCUGACUUUCUACUGAAGAAGGCGCUACACUUUUCAACAACUGCCGUGGAAUGUCGAUGAAGCGCAAGGACAACUUCUGUCGAGGGUUGGCGCUACAACCUGCUUAUCUCGUAAAACCUCCUGCAUCUUCUAAAAGUACCGGAAUGCUUUGAUCUCGCCGCCGUGCUACGCGAUUGGACGAUAACUUCGGCGCGCCCCCUGGUAUCGUCCAAGAGAAGCUAGAAGACGACGCCCGCCUGGCGCGCACCGGUCGCCGUUCUCAAACGGGGCGCACUUAAAGAUUUCGCUUGAUUCACACGUGUCCGGCACCGGGCCCUCGUCAUUGCGAAGUGCCGUUGCUGGUCGCUCGGCCAACACGUUGCCGGCGCGGCGAGUGACAAGAUUGAAACGUAACGAAAGAAGAAAGCCAGCCUCUCUUCCGCUUGUUCACCCAACGGAAAUGGAAAGGAGCGAAAGGCUAUGAUGUCGCUUUAACUUACGGAU